AUGGAGACUGGCGGUCCUAGUUCAGCGACAAUAGAUAGAUUAAGCUCUCUUCCAGGCAAUGUGAUAGAUAACAUUUUAUCAUGUUUGUCAACAAAAGAAGCUGCGAGGACAAGUUGCUUAUCCAAGCAUUGGAAGGAAAAAUGGCAUACAGUGUCCUGUAUUGUACUUGAGGAGAAAAUGUUGAGUGAAAGAAUGCAAUCGCAGAUUGAGGGCAUCAUCACUUAUAUUCUGACCAAACAUGCUGGAGACAUCGAGAUUUGCUCGCUUUCUGUUGGCACGGUGAAGUUUUUCUACGAUAUGAAAUCAUGGAUGUGGCGGUUAUCCCGAAAGUCUGUUCAAGAACUCACCCUUAAAGUUCAAAGGGGUACUCGUCAUGAUGUGCCCUUGGAUUUGUUCUUUUGCGAACAACUAAGGCACUUGACCCUUCGUUAUUUUCUGUUCAGACCCCCAUGUACUUUUCGGGGGUUUAGGAAUCUCGUGAACCUUGAUCUUAAGAAAAUUACUAUAUCAAAAGAAGCCCUUGAAAGUCUGUUGGCUAGUUGCCCACAGCUUGAGACACUGAUCGUGAAGAAAUUGAGCUGCGUUGAUCAUCUUCAUAUCAACGCUUCUAACCUUAAGUACUUGAGCUUUGGUGGAGAAUUCAAGUCCAUGUGCUUCAAUACUCCUCUUCUUACUGUUUUGUCUUUAAAUAUGUACCGAAUUGUGUCUGAGCAGAACAACUUCGAUUUAAGAUUCAUAAUCCGUGGACUGCCUCCUGCUAUUGAGGAGCUCUAUGUGCGGUGUCCUUUUAAGAAGUUCUUGGCUGCAGGGAAUAGACUGGCUCAGGUCUCCACUUGUUACAACAAUGUUACAACUCUUGGAUUGGAUGAAUUCUGCUUCAAGCAGAUGGACCAAGUCUCGUGUCUUCUUUCCUUGAUUCAAUGCUUCCCUAACUUGCAAUUACUUGAGAUUAAGGCCUGUAGCUGUGAUAAUGAAGCUGCACAAGCUGCUGUUUUAGAGUUCUGGGAAGAAGAUAAGCAUCCCACGUGUUCCUUGGACCAAUUGUGUAAUGCAAGGGUGAGGUCAUUCCACGGUGACGACUCUGAAAUGAGGUUUAUCAAAUUUGUGAUGGCAAAUUCGCCGAAGCUGAAUGAGAUGACUGUUGAACCCAUCAUCAAUCCGGACUAUAACGAAAUAGUGAUUAUUGCACAACUGAUGGAUUUGCCACAAGCCUCAGAGAAAGGAAAAGUCAACUAUGUCGCCUACAACCCUCAUGUGAACUCAGGCGAUUUCUCGGAUGAAGAUGGCGACAGCUCGGAUGAUGCCUACUCUUCAGAAAGCGAGUAG